AUGAGGGCUGGAAAAAAGCCAGAUCUAACAGAUUUUAUCAAAGGUACAUUUUCUCUUUAUGAUACCGUUGUAUAUUUAUUGAUAGACACUGAUUCUACUCAUUCCUAUAUAUGCAUUGUACCCCCUGUUGAUAGAGGGAUACAGACAGAUGGGUUAGAAGAGGACAUACUUGUCACUAACCCUUUAGGCCAUAGUGUGAUGGUGAUGAAGGUCUAUAAGGGUUGUCCCUUAAUAAUACAAGGAUAUGAGUUUUUGGUUGACUUGAUUGAACUACCAUUUCACGAGUUUGAUAUGAUAUUAGGUAUGAGUUGGUUAUCACGUCACCAGGUGAUGGUAGAUUGUCAGCUGAAAAGGAUCACAUUAAAGAUAGCGGAUGGAGAUGAGAUAACAGUUGUGGGUGAAGGUAUUCUCCCUUAUCACUGA